GCAAAUCUACCCCGCGAUAGCUCUUGUUUGUCCUCAGAUAUCCAGGAACCACGACUUCUACCAGUAUAUCAGUAACUCCGAUUUCGCUGCCGAAUACGCAUACAGCCCUACUCGCUACUUGGUUAGGCUAGAUCCAUCCAAAACGCUUGUACCGUCCCAUCGGGCUGGGUACGAGAUCUGGAGCUGCGCAAACCCACUUUCACAGGUGUGGGGUAAAGCUCUGAUACAUCGUCUUCCCGAAACGAGGCAAGAAGCGAUGGACCGCAAUCGUACAGUUAGUGGUGGGCAUUCCGACAAUGCACCAUUAAUGAGCUCAGCCGAACCGCCAGGUUACGACAGUGGAGAUAUAGCGAUGCGACACGAUACAUCGUACGCACCCGACGACACGUCGUACUCACCACCGAUGGUCUUGUCGCCCGAAAUCAUGGAGUCCAAGGGUGGUGCCUACACCACCCUGAAUACCCCACGUACCCCCAGCUCAACGUUCGACGUAGAAGACGGGACUUAUCACCACCACAAACAUCACAAUCGAGUCAAGCGUUUUGACCACCGUGAAGCUCGGAAAACACUUUUGAAGACUGGAGCAAUGAAGCUUCUUGUAACACUGUUCUUCAGUGCAGCGAUGUGUGUCACACUCAAAUCGUGGGAAGGAUGGCGCGGACCCAUCGUCCUUUCUAAUCUCGAAGUCCGAAUCUUCAACUCACUCACGAUUGGGGUUUCGCUGUGCCUGGGUUUGAACAUCUUGGCCUCGUUGAAGCACUACGCAUCCGUGUUUCGAUGGUCCUUCCUCACUAGACGAUAUGUCAGUCUGGAGGUAUUUGAUCUCAUACUACACCUAGGCUCGCUCGCCAAAGUCACAAAGUUGAUGAUCCUCAGCUCACCUGGAUUUCGUGGCAAGACUUGGCUACGGAAGUUUGGCUGGUUCAAGGACGUCAGAGACGAUGGGACCAAGUGGAUGUGGCUUGCGUGCCUAGCUUGGCUGUCUCUCAACAUUGGCUCUCAGAUCUUGGUUGCAUUACUGAGUCUGUUCUGGCCUAUGGAGAACUCGCUUCUCCCACUUUUUUCCUAUGGAACUGUGAUCGUUGCCAACUUAGAUACUUGGUCUAAUGACGCUACCUCACCUGUCAUUAUCGAGGACAAACCCCGAUUCACCGAGAGCUCUCUCGAAGCGGCUUGGAUGUUCGGCACGGAGGCUACGGCUUACCCUGAAAGCAACUUCACAACCUUUGAAAAUAUGACAACCGACCUCUCCGGUUUGCAAGGUGCACCCAUCUACAAAGGCGACGAUGCCUGGCACUAUCGCUUCUUCAACCGCGACCCAAAGCAUCCUUGGGUCAACUAUGCAGCUAGUUCCCGCAUCAUAAGUGUCCAGGCAACGUGUGACAAACUUGAGAUAGAAAACACCACUCUGCAAGUUACUGAAGAUGGAGAGGGGUAUCUCAUGGGAAGAAAGCCGGGCACUGAAGAAUAUAGCCCCUACAUUGUCACUGAGACAGCUUGGGGAUCUGUCACCUGGAUGGCAUCUGUUGAUGAAAUCUGUGGCCCGAGGUGUACAAAUUUCACUGUCGUCCGACUGCCCGACGACAAGUAUGUAAACGAUACGUCCUUGUUCGCUUGCGAAAACACUCUCGGAAACGUAACAUCCAGCCGCGACGCAAAACAUGAUAUCACACUGCGAGACCCUGCCGAUUUUGGCGCAGUGUUUGGUAGCGACGACUUCGCUCGUAUAGCCGCUGGGGCAAUAGCCUGGACUGGCAUUGCCUGGGCUAAUUCGGACUACCGACAAACGCGAUCCUACAGUCAGGGCUCUAAGUGGUCUCCAGCGAAAGAGCUCAAGGAACAACAGCUGGAAGACUUGCUAAUGCGCUUCACGAUCGGUGCUGUAGCCGCGUUCGACGACCACGGCAUCCGCUACAGCGCCACCGAGCAAACUGUCGUUCCCUCACAAGGUCAACAGCUCAACGUAGACUGGUCUUACAUCUUUAGUAUCCUAGGUGGGAUUUGUUUUAUCCAAUUUCUGGCAUUGUGCCUAAUGGUCCUUUUUGCUAACCGUACGAUUGUGCGGGAUGAAAGUUACUUCAGUAUGGCUAUGCUGUUGAAUCCUGUUGUAAGCCGCAUCAAAAGCGAGGCGGCUAUGGUGAUGAGCGGGAGUGAGAUCAAAGAUAGCAAGGCACUCAAGUUCAAGAAGAUCAAGUACGACUAUCAUGAGGGAGGAAAAGGAGAGCCAAAUCGCGUCGCUAUCUUCUUUGAGGGUGAGGAUCGUCGGGAGAGUAGGAAGAGUUGGGCGGCAGGGAGCUAUGCUUGAUUUCGUCGUACUUAGUACAUCACCUCG